AUGCACGUGCUCAAUCUGAUACAGACGGCUGUUGUAGCAGCAGGCAUCGUUUCUGCUGCUCAGCCUUCGAAAUUGUCUCCAAAUGCUCAGAGCUUACUCGACUACUCCAUGGCUCUUAACGAUGCCAGAUUCGACGAAACUUACAAGUAUAUCAUCUACGAAGAUAACGGCCCGUGGAGUGUGCGAUUCACCUCUUGGUAUGUUCCUGGACUCCUAUGGCGGAAUGAAGGUCAAGAUCUGGAGAACGCCAAGGAAGCGAUUAGCAACAUCCUUGCCAAUCAACUAACAGACAACUUCACUUCUCCAUGGUAUGGCACUUGGAAGCUGUCUCCAGAUGAACCAAAUCCAACUCCUGACUCUCCACUAUAUCCGCCUUCGAUAUAUGGCUCAUAUGACCCGAACUGGCGCGAGUUCGUUGGCACGCAGCUCGUGCAGAUAGUGGAGGAGUUCUCUCAUCUCAUCGGUGCGGAUCUGGUCGACGAAAUAGUCAAUGCGCUCCAAGUUCAGGCCGUGGGUGCCAUGCGACGCAACGGUACAGAUGGCGAUAACCUCGUUCCGGGAUACACCAAUCCGGGUCUCAUGCGAGCUCUCACGGUGGGCUGGGUUGGCCAGCGCACGAAGAACCAGACGCUGAUCGAUUUCGCCAACUCUCGCGCAACAGAAAUCUACAAGCUGUUCACCGCAGGCUCCAACGUGUUUGGUGAAUACAAUGCUCCUACAUACUAUGGAGUCAAUGUCUGGGCGCUUGCUGCAAGCAUCAAAUACGGACCGGCGGACCAGUUCCUCACUCAACAUUCGCCCUUCAUGCUCUCCGAACUAUGGAAGGACAUCGCCGAUCACUACAAUGCUUUCCUGCGAAACAUGGUUGGGCCUUACGACCGCGCGAACUCGCGGGAUCUCACUCAGGAUUCCGCCAUUCUUCCACUCUGGUUCUGGGGUUUGCAUGGCUUGUCCCAAGCUCCUGAGCCGAACCUGAGACAAGUCAAUCUUGAAUACGACGCUGCCGAAGGUGCUUCGAUGGCAUUGGUCAUGUCUACCGUCGUUGAUCAUGUCCCGGCUCCGGUUCUGGCGUCCUUGGUGGAGGCUCCGUUGGGUGAACGGCAAAUCGAAAAUACCAUUCAGGAGAAUCUCAAUGGAACCGGUGCGAGGGUCGCCACUUCGUGGGUCAGCAAGAGCCUCAUGGCCGGCGGUAUUGAGCAAUACGAGACCACCGUCCGGAGUCAGCAGAAUGUUCCGGCAAUUGUACACUGGGCUUCUGAUCCUAUGCWCAAACCCUUCCCACUGAAUGGAUUCUUCAGUUUGUAUCCUACAGCUUCGACGAUCAAGGCUGUAGCGACUGCCAACAAGCUUGUCAUCUCGUAUCCUAAUGCCACACAGAUUGGAUCCGACAGCUUCCAAUUCAUGAUCUUCGGAAUGCCGCCUGCGUGGAACUUGGCGGGAAACAUUGUAUCCGGGUUCUCCAAUUUGCCAUGUUUGGACGUCAACGCGUCAGCACCUGGAUUAGAGCAACUUCCGACCACGUAUGGCUCGAGUCUCUAUAAUCGCUAUUACUACAAUGUGACCUACGUGGUCCCGGCAGGGUUUGAUGGCAUUCCAACGGUGUCGUUCGAUCUCAAUUAUACCUGUUAG